CUCAAGAAGAGAUUAACUUCAGCACCGGUGUUGACUAUUCCCGAUCCUUCUCGGAGUUUCACCAUUUUCAGCGAUGCUUCGAGACAGGGCUUGGGAUGCAUUCUUAUGCAGGAUGGCCAGAUCGUCGCGUAUACUUCACGUCAGCUUAAGCCGCAUGAGCAGAACUAUCUGACACACGACUUGGAGUUAGCAGCA